AUGGGAAACCUGCAGAUUCUGAUAAACCACCAGGAAACCAGAGAAAAUUUGUUGUUGGUUACAACGGGAACUACUUGGGGUUCUAUUAGUCAUCACCUCUCUCUGACACUCAUUUGUCUCAGGUGUAUCAAUGGAGUCUCAGUGUCAACCAACAGCUUCACUCUGGACCUUUACAAAAAGCUGAACGAAAAUUCCAAAGGACAAAACAUUUUCUUUUCUCCUUGGAGUAUUGCAACUGCUCUUGCUAUGGUCCACCUGGGUGCAAAAGGUGACACCGCAACCAAGACGGCUGAGGUUCUUCAUUUUAACCAGACUGCAAGAGAAGAAGGUUCAUCUGAGACAAGGCCUUCUCCAGGGAGACCAAAGAAAAGAAAGAUGGAUCCUGAGCAUGAGCGAGCUGAAAAUAUCCACUCUGGCUUCAAAAAGCUCCUAUCUGUCAUCAACAAAAGGAGAAGCACCUACUUGCUGAAGAGUGCUAACUGGCUGUAUAAGGAAAAGACCUACCCAUCGCUACCUAAGCUCUUACAGCUCAUUACAGGCUAUUACAAUGCCAAGUCACAAGGUGUAAACUUUAAGACAGCUGCAGAACAAGUUAGAGCACAGAUCAGUUCAUGGGUUGAAAAUAAAACUGAGAGGAAAAUACAGAGUCUGCUGCCUGCAGGAUCUCUCCAUUCUCGCACUGUGUUGUUCUUAGUAAAUGCCAUUUAUUUCAAAGGAAAGUGGGAAAAGAAAUUUCUGGAGAAAAAUACUUCUGAGAUGCCCUUCAGAUUAAACAAGACCAAGACUAAACCUGUACAGAUGAUGUUUCUGAGAGAUAAUUUUUUUGUACUCUAUGAAACAACCAUGAAAUUCAGAAUCAUUGAACUGCCAUAUGUGGAAAAUGAACUCAGCAUGUUCGUGCUCCUCCCAGAUGAUAACACUACUGGUCUAGAGCUGGUGGAAAGAGAGCUGACCUAUGAGAAAUUGGCUGAAUGGACCAAAUCAGCCAAUAUGAUGAAAGCUGAAGUGGAUUUGUACCUGCCCAAGUUGAAGCUGGAAGAGAAUUAUGACCUUAAAUCCCCUUUGAGCAGCAUGGGGAUACAAAAUGCUUUCGACCCAGUUCAGGCUGAUUUCACAGGGAUGUCAGUGAAGAAGGAUCUUUUCAUCUCACAAGUAAUUCACAAAGCUUUUCUCAAUGAAGAAGGUACUGAGGCAGCAGCUGCAACAGGUGUCUUGGUGAUGAGAUCAAAAGCACCAACAAUGACUUUUAAAGCUGACCACCCUUUUAUCUUCUUCAUCAGACACACCAAAUCCCAAACCAUGCUCUUCUUUGGCAGACUCUGCUCACCCUAGUCAGUUACUCCUUGCCCUGCAGAGCAGGUAAGGCUUGCUUGCUAGCAUAGAAGCAAAUACCAAACCUUGAACUCUUUCUGCAACCCGGGGGGAGCAGAACUUGAACUCUCUCCACCAGGCCAAACACUCUGGGACCUGAGGCACAGCUCCUCUUCCCUCCUACCCUAAAGAGGCAAUCAGUGCAGUGCCAAGGGGAGUGCAGAUGCUUUGCAUCCAGCAAGCAAUUCUGAUUCUCAUUCAGAUCAGGCCAUCAUGGGUAGCUCUGUCCUCAUCGCUAUUAGCUAUGGCAUUUCUAUCCCUCCCCCUCUCAGCAGUGUGUACAAACGUACUUUAGCAAAUUCCAUCCCCUCACCCUCAUGACAGGGCCCCCGAUCCCUGGUCCUAGCCUGCAGCAAUUAGCCCCAACUCGUUUUCUAACACUUAAUCCUUCUAGCCCUUUAGGUUCUUGUGUUACAGGUGGAGGUAAACCCUGCCAACUCUCACCCUUGCUUUCCUUCCACGUCCCAGCUCUAAGUCUUCAUCAGCUCCCAAUUAGCCUAACGUCAC